ACAGGCUGCAGCGGCUCCGUUUCUUUAUUCCUCACAGUUCUCCUCACUCCCUCACUCACAACCAGAAUAAGUCACCUGGAUUAAAAACAAAUAAAUAAAUAAACAAACAAACAAAGAGAAGAGAAGAGAGAGAGAGAAAACAUCUUUUUCGACGUGCACUCCACCCGAUGUGAAAAGGACAGAGAGAGGAAAAAGGAGAGCAAGAUAAAACAGAAAGAGAAAUGGGAGCGUUCAGAGUGCUGCUGGGGAGUUUACAUUACAUGGGACUCUACAUGCAACUUAGUGUCUCCACGAGGCAAGCUGGACACGGCGAGGUGGAGAACCACAUCUCUGGGAACGCCAUGUUCACAGAGGUGCCCCAUGAUAUGACGGCUCAGAGAGGUCAGGACGUGGAGAUGGCGUGCUCCUUCAGAGGGGCGGGAAUGCCCUCGUAUUCACUGGAGAUCCAGUGGUGGUACAUCAGGAACCAUCUGGACUGGACAGACAGACAGCCUUGGACAACCAAUGAAGUGGCUCCUGAGGAGGAGAUGCCUAAGGAUGCUACAAAGAUAAGUGUUGUGAAGGUUGUAGGAAGCAACAUCUCCCAUAAACUUCGCCUCUCCCGGGUCAAGCCGACCGACGAGGGCACCUACGAGUGCCGCGUCAUCGACUUCAGUGAUGAUGCGGGAGCCCGCCACCACCGCGUCAGAGCCUACCUGCAGGUGGUGCCGGAGAGCGACUUCGUCAACGGCAACCACAACGACAACUUUGAGGCCAUAGAUGAUACCAAGAGAGGAGUGGAUGAUGUGGAGUCUCACGGUGGCACCAAAGAGCACGCUCACGGCCACCACCAGAACCACGGCCACCACCAGGAGCAAGGCAAGCGGCCUUCGUCGCCAGCCCACCACGGCCACAGCCACAGCGGCAGCAGUCAGCAGCACAAGGCGGGCAGAGAGCUGAGGAAGAGGGACGUGGACAGUAACCACAGCCACAAUGACUGCACCAACGAGCCCAGCUGUACGCUGUAGAUGUUGGCUUAUUACACCUGAGUGAUAGAUUACACAAGGAUUGCAUAACAUGAUGUGUGUCACAGCAUAAAAAGCUAUUCUUCCCACACAGUGCAAGCGUGUGCACAAAUCCAGAAUCUCUAGAAUUGUACAGUGUGGCUUGUUCAGAGCACAGUGCUGUAAACUGUCCUGGGGAAUGUAGCUUUUUCUUGCUGUGCAUGGGUCUGGGUUGGACUGCUCACUGUCUGUAAAGCCUGGCUUCACGACAUUCAGCAAAGAGGGGCCGAUGUGUAGAUCUAAGCAGCUCCACUGUUUCUGGUCUCAGCACCGACACAAAAAAAAAAACAGACUUGUCUUACUAUUAACCCAUGCUCUGUUCCACUCUUGUACUUUAGAUACUGUAAAUGACACAACCCUGCUUUCAGGCUCAUUCUUCUUCCACUGCCUUACUCUCUCAUUUGAUACACCCUCAGAAAAAAGUAUGUUAUUAUACCUUUUGGGUCUGUGCCCAGUAAAAGAAAAUGUUCCUUUUAUUCUGAGGGUGCACUGAAUGAAACUAAACUGUCCGUAAUUCCUCCCCGGAAAUCUAGUCGAGUCUGAUUCUUUAGCUUUUUAUCUAGAGCACUAGCUUCAUUGCAUCUUUUUAUUCCAGUAAUGGCCAUGAAUAUGAUGCAAAAUCUGUAUGCACCCAGAUUUCAGUGAUUUAUUCUGUUUACUUGCAGGGGGAAAGAAAAAACACGAGAAACACUUUCUUCAGCAGAAACUCAUCAAGGUCCCAGAGCAGCAGCGCUCAUCAAGGACAGAUACAGCCUCAAUUCAUUUAAGUUGGACUACAUGCAGUGACAGUGUGGAACUUCUUCCACAUCUGUGCACAAUUUACACAAAUCACAUCACAGGCUUUAUUUUUUCCCACAGCACUUUUGAGCUUAUGAAUUUGCAGCCCAACAGAAAAUAUAAUCUUUGCUCACCCCUUGUGCUGCAGCUUCAAUCCAUUCACGGCUGUUCAGGCUGAGAGAAAUCAAUUGUGUUGUCUCAUGUGGACUCCACCGGUUUGAAAAGCCAUGAAAAGAUCAAAAUAUGUGCCACUAAAAUAAAAAAAGUAGUUGACACUUUAUAUUAAUGUACACAGCUUAACCAUUAUAAGGCAUAUUAGUACAUAUUGGCUCUUUAUUAUUCAUCAUGAAGCACUUAUUAAUGCCUUUUUUCACCAUGACCAUAAUAUUCUACUAGGCCAUUUACUCCUAACAAUAACCUCCUAAUUACUGCUUUCUGAUAGUAAGUAAAGCUGAUAUAGAGAGCAAACGAAAUGGCUUGGGGUCUAUUGAGAAUUCGUCUAUGGGAUUUUUGCAUUGGAUUUUGGAUCAUGGCAGAAAAUAAGCUUUGUGGCAAA